AUGCAAGAUUCGCAACUUAACAAUGAAGAUAGUACAGAAAAGUGUGAUGAAAAAUAUAAAAGUAACAAUUUAUUGGAUGAUGAUGGUAAUGUAUUAUCAGAUGAUGGUGAUAAUGUAUCAUCAGAUGAUAAUGGUAAUAUAUUAUCAGAUGAUGGUGAUAAUGUAUUAUCAGAUAAUGAUAACGAUAUAUUACCAUCAAUAUCAUCUGAUACAUCAGAUAACAAAAAAAAACCAAAAAAUCAAGUUCAUGCUAAGCAAAAACGAAUAACCAAAUUGGACCAAAUUAAGAAUAAAAAUUUACAAAGACAUCCAAUAGUUAAUAAAAUUAUCACUCGUAAUAAAGUUCAGCGUAAAUGUGGAAAGAUUAUCAAGUUACACCAAGCUUAUAACUCCCAAAAUUUGGAAAUAUAUAGUAAAACUGGUAGCUGUUUAUUGAUAAAAGGAACACAUCCACUUACAGAUUACUUUACUACGAUUACUACAAAAUCAGGAAAUUCAUAUGUUAGAUUAAGAGAAAAGAAACAUGUAAAGUAUUUGCAAAGAAUUGGUGGAGUUAUUCAUUAUGGUGGUGCACCACAAACAGCACAAUUAGAAAAUGAGUUAGCUGCAAGAGCAAAGUGGUAUAAUGACUUUAGUGCUGGUUGUAUUCGAAGUAUGGAAUGUGAAAUUCUAACAGUAAAUAAAGAAAAUAUUUGUAAUAAAUGUAUGGAAUUAAAUAGUGAUAAAAAUUUAAAGAAUGUUAUUAUACGACCAAUUCCACAAAUAGAGAAUCGGAAAUUUAUACCAAAAUAUUUGGUUAAAAAGAAUCCUAUCGUUAAAUAUUUAAAGGAUUCUAGUCUCAAUUAG